AUGGCCCAAUCUAAACUCGUGGCUCCUCUAGAAGAGGAUUUCCCCUUCCAGAUAACCUCGCAUAUAAUCCCAGUCACUCCUUUUCGCGAGUAUCCUCAUGCCAUCAUUGACGAGGACAAAGGAGUCCACCUCGCAGUAAAGCAAUACACUCCGCUGGAAAGCUACAACGUCAGCUCCAGUACCGACGACCCAAUAACAAUAAUCGCAACCUGUGGACUAGGAUUCAUCAAAGAGAUCUACGAGCCCCUCUUCGCUGAACUUCUCCACCAAACAUGCAAAACCAAUGUUCGCAUCCGCUCAAUCUGGAUAGCAGAUACAUUUAACCUAGGCGAAAGCGCCAUCGCAAACGCUAAGAAUCUAGGUUGCGACGCCUCAUGGGUUGAUCACUCCCGCGAUCUAUGGAGCAUGAUCAGUCAUUUCCGUGACGAAAUGCCGAAGCCACUUAUUGGUCUUGGUCAUUCAGUGGGCUGUAAUCAGUUACUAUGUUUAUCAUCCUGGCAUCCAACGCUAUUCCACUCGUUCGUUUUUAUCGAACCGGGCUUGGAUGUGAAUUACGGCCAAAGGAUAGUCUUCCCUUGGGUCUUUAGCAAUUUAAAGCGAAAGGAGGGAUGGAAUUCACGUUCUGAAGCGGAAAAGAGAGCGGUUAAAGGCCAGGGUGCGGACUCGUGGAAUGAGAAGGCGAAGUUGAGAUUGAUGCGGUAUGGUGUUUUUCAACCUGAUGCCACAGUCAACAAGUGGACUUUGACGUUCGCGAAGGACCAAGUGGCUUCUUUGGUUUUUCGACUUAAUCCCGGGAGUAUUGGGAUGGGGCCAGGUGGUCUCGACGAUGUGACGCUGGCACAGAGGGAGAUUGUGCCUGAUUCUGAUCCGGAGGAUAUUGGGAAAGAUUUAUUCUACAGAAGAGAACUUAAGAUGGGAUGGGACUUAUUACCUGGAGUGAGGCCUUGGGUACUUUAUGUGAAUGGUGGGAACUCUCCUGAGUUUGGGGAUCCUGAAGUUAGAGAGGAGAGGGCUCGUAGGACUGGAACUGGAGUUGGAGGAAAUGGUGGAAUGAAGCUCGGUGCUGUGAAACAGGUUGUCAUUGACGAUGGAGAGCAUACCAUGCCAUUCGAUAGUAGUCUCAAUGAGUUGGCAGUACCUGUCCGCGACUGGUUAAUGGCGGAGUCUCAGCGUUGGGUUGAUGGGCCAAAGAGACGUCGUGCUGAGUGGCAGAAGGGGAGUUUGGCAGAGAAGCAGGCUGUUAGUAAGGAGUUUGUCGCUGCCCUGGUUUCCCAGUUGAAGCUGGUAAAGAGGGCGGGAAAGCUAUGA